ACCUGAGGUGCUGUGCUCUAUUCCCCAUCGUGUGUGUUGUGGAGCACGCGAGGCAGAUGUUCCCCCGCAGGACGCUGUGUUGUUUACCCGCUCGGCGCCUCUAUCCCCACGCUCACGCUCACUUUUUCUGAGAAGCAGCCAUCAUGGCCGCGUGUCCCGCCACGUUCAGACUCUCACGGAGGACCCAGUACGUCCUCCUGCUGGUGCUCUGCGUCUCUGUCCUGGCGUGGGUAGCGGCCCCCACUUUCAGCCCCACGAAGACGUUCAGGGAGGCGACCCAACUUCAGCCGGACCCCGGGGAGGCAGGAGAACAGCCUGAGCCGGAAAAGCAGGUCGAGGAGACGCUAAUCCCGGUCACAAAGGAGAUGGAGCAGGAGCUUAAAGAUGUUUGCCCAGAGACGUCACCGCUGCUGCGUGGUGCGCUGGCGCUGCAGUUCGAACCCUGGCUGACCCUCGACCAGGUGCAGCAGGGUAACGGCGCGGUGACGGAGGGCCAGUACGAACCCGGCGAGUGUAAAGCCAGGCAGAGCGUCGCCGUCCUCAUCCCGUUCCGAAACCGAGAGAAGCACCUGCUGUACCUGCUGCACCACCUGCACCCGUUCCUGCAGAGGCAGCAGCUCCACUACGGCAUCUACGUCAUCCACCAGGCUGGCGAUGGUAGAUUUAACAGAGCGAAGCUGUUAAACGUGGGUUAUCUGGAAGCUCUGAAGGACUUCAGCUGGGACUGCUUCAUCUUUCACGACGUGGAUCUCGUCCCUGAAAACGAUCACAAUUUAUACACCUGUGAACAAGAUCCCAAACACCUGGUGGUGGGCAGAAACUCCACCGGCUACAGGCUGAAGUACAAAGGAUAUUUCGGAGGCGUGACGGCCCUGACCAGGGAACAGUUCUCCAAAGUAAACGGAUUUCCCAACACCUACUGGGGCUGGGGAGGGGAGGACGACGACCUCCGGAUACGGGUGCAGCUUCAGGGGAUGAAAAUCGUCCGGCCGCCCUCUAAAGUCGCCCGCUACACCAUGGUGUUCCACAAGAGGGACAGCGGCAACGAGGUCAACAAGAACAGGAUGCAUUUGCUGAAUAAGACCCCCCGGACGUGGAGCACGGACGGUCUGAACUCCUGCACCUACGAGGCUCUGUCGGUGGAGAGGCCGCCGCUCUACGUCAACAUCACUGUGGAUAUCGGCGCGCCUUCGAACGGCCACUGAGACCCGGACCGAACUGUCGUACAGUCGUUCUCUUAGUGUAAACUGAGACGCCGCGCCCGCGACGGCGGGGUCGACCGAUGUUAGUACUGAAGUGCUGAGCGUGGAGCCGGUCUGGAGGGUGUGGAACGUACAGGUGCUCCAUUCCAAACCUGGAAAAGCUUGAAAAUUUGUGACAUUGUGGGAAAUAAUGACGGAUCUGUGUUACAUAAUGAUUGACGGACCUCAUUUGGGUGGUUUUGGGUCACCCUGCCUGUGGUGAAUAGGUAAAAAAAAACUGGAACAGCUCAGUACCUCCCCAGUUUAACAUUAAAAAUGAAGACGGCUGAUUUGCACGGCACAAUACGAAACGUAAUGACAAUCCUUUCAAACAAGAAAUGUGCACAUCAUAUCGAUCAGAUGAUCGGUCAUUGAUUUGCACUGACCUUAUCCAGUUCUCUGGGGGACAAGUGGACUCAAACUGAGCCUGAUACCCUGAUAAAUGUCCCUCACGUUUGUUAUUCGUCUCCUUUUAUUUGUCCUGUAAUUUCUGUCCUGUCGUCUGUACAUGUACGUUCAGGAAUCAGAAUAGAAACACUAGUAAAAGUGGUGGCAGCUCAUAAGUCGAUAUACGAUAUAAGGGCGUGUCCAUCUGUGAUUAACUCUAAUAUUUUUAUUUUAUUCAAAGGACCAGGGUGGGUUGUGUAGCAGUUGCCAAAAAUGAGAGUUUUAUUUUUAUAAUACCGUUCUGAACUGAUUUGGAGGUUCAUGGUCACUGAUUAUCCACUAGCAGAACCUGCCUGAUGCAUGAAGCUGCUCUACAGAGGUCGUUUUUAUUCCGUUUCAGCAUUUUAGGACGUGCGUUAGGUGGUUAAACGGAUCCCGAGUCAUUUCAUCGUGAAUCGGUUCAUUCAUUGAGAAUCGCUUGAUUGACAAUCGGGCGGCGCACAGCAAGAAGGUCCUGGGUUUGAUCCCUAGGUGGAGCAGUCCGGGUCCUUUCUGUGUGGAGUUUGCAUGUUCUCCCUGUGUCUGAGUCCAAAGUAUGAGUGUGUGUGUGUGUGUGUGUGAAUGUGUGUGUGCCCUGUGCGGGGUGUUUCCUGCCUUGCGCUCAGUGAAUCCCAGUACCCACCGCGACCCUGAAAAGGAUAGUGGUGGUAAAACAGACAAUGAAUGAAUAAAUAAGUGUGAAUCAUUUGAUUCAGAAUCAUUUGAACGUGAAUCACUUGAUCCUGGGUCUUAAGCAGCAGGACACAAACCUCACUGGUAAAGUUUUAAAAGGAAGUAAAACUGCAAAACAAUCCUGAUCUGUACAUUAUAGUAUAUAAUAUUUACACUAAGAAGUUGAACACUGCCGCACUGCGUGAAUGUAAAUAAACUUUAAAGCUUCAAACUUUAUACUAGAACAGAAUAAAGACUCUACAGAACACUAUUGAACGUAUGUGAUCAGAAACUUUGACCUUGUUACAUUAAUAUUGGUUUGUUAUUUAAAUAAAGUGGGUUAUUUAAGAAUUCACUUCUGUACAUUGUGUGCAAACUAAUAUAAAGUGGCACCUAACAUGGCAUGGCACCUCAAGCUCCAGUAGGACCAGUGUUCUUCACUCCGUUUCAUUACCUAACUCGAUGGUUCCAGUUUAAUCUGGAGGAUUGUGGUAGGAAACUCACUCCUGUCUAAUCUGACAUGUACCCGGUAAUUCAUCGAUACGAUCUCGUCUGUUAAUAUUAAUAUGCAUUGUGUUCAUUCCCUUUUCCUCCACAUUUAGUCAUGCCCAAUUCCCUGCUUGUCUAGAUGGGAAUCUGGUGUAGAAAUCUGUACCAGUUUGGGUGAUGCAUAGCUGCCAGAGGUCGCCAGAGUGCAAAAUAAAAGUGUGUUUAUCCAAAUCAGGACACUAAAAAAGCACUCACAGCAAGAAGGUCCUGGGUUCGAUGGGGUGGUCCGGGUCCUUUCUGUGUGCAGUUUGCUGUGUGGGUUUCCUCCAGGAGCUCCGGUUUCCUCCCACAGUACAAAGACGUGCGAGUGAGGUGAAUUGGAGAUACAAAACUACCUGUCCUGUCAUGAAUGGAACCAAAGUGUGUAAAAUCAUGAUAAAUAAAUUAAUAAAUUAUUUUGUACUGUUUGUAAUAAAAGCUUUUUGGCAGCAACGAUAAAUUUUGUUUGCACCUCACGACCUUUACAUUCUUACCUCUGACUACUUUUUCAAUUAAGCCCAAUUUGGCAGGAAAAUGUGUGAACGUGACGACAUGGUGGGGCGUUCCGAAUGAAGGGAUUUAACCUACUGACGUUCCCUUAUAGCCGAGAUCACGUGAUUAGUGUGUAGGGAACACAGGAGCGCUGCUGGGGGUCUGUUCUGUUACACCACAGCUUUAUUUUAUUAUUAUUAUUUUUAUUUAAUCAGUCAAGUUACUUUGGGUCAGUUGUAUCUGAUGAAUGUGUUUCUGUGAAAUCCCUGACGUGCUUUAUCUUUUUAUUUUAUUUUGUUUUUAUUUUAGCUGUUACGAGGAGUUCUGUGCAAUGUAGACGUGAGCAGGGUGGGUUUUAUUCAAUAAAUAAUUAAACACUAAA